AUGAGUAUGUAUAGACACGAGACAUAUUUGGCAAUUUACAUGACUGUCCUGGGCAGCAUCUGUGUGAACGACUACAUCAAGGGGAGAAGCCUCUACGGGUGUCUUGUCGGAAUGGCUGAGAAAAGGCUCCACCACUUUCUCCUCUCUCUCUUUUUUAUAGGCUCGCUGUACGUGAUAGGAAAGGGGGUUGUGUCUCUGACAAUAGGCACUCUCUCGCCCCUGGACAAAGAAGGCGUGCAGGAAAACGCGAUGCGAUACCUGGGAAACAUCUGUUUGGUUGUGACUCUUUUUGCAGAUAACAUUACGAUCCGGUGUCUUGUUCUUUUUGCCUUUGUUUUUGGCUUGAAAGUGCUGCAUUGGCUGAUAGGCUUUAGAAUAGACGCGCUUGAGAAGAGCGGGGCAUCCUGCACACAGAUGGAGAGAGUUGUGCUCCUGACGGUUUCUCUCUUUGUUCUAGACGGUGCUCUGGCGUACCAUUUCAUAGCCACCGCCCUCGAGGCGCCUGGUGUUUCGAUUCUCUUUGCCUUUGAGUUCUUCACUUUGUUUGCGUACACUGUGCGGUCGCUCUACACUCUCUCUGUGCUCUACCUUGUUGCUUCUUCUGGCAUUGAGGACAGGAUUUUCCUGGUUUUCUACGGAGACUUUCUGUUCUGUGUGGUAAAGAUCCUCGCGCACAUUGUCUGUCUCGUAUGGACCACCAUGAACUUUAAAAUGCCCAUCAAUCUGCUCCGAGAGUGCAUAAUAGCGAUCAAGCACCUUAUUGUAAAGACAAAGUCUAUGCUCGCAUACAAGUCGCUAAUUUCCUUCUUGGAUCGGUGUGCAGAUGUACCAGGUGAGCAGCUGGGGAGUGAUAAAACAUGUCUAAUAUGCCACGAAGACAUGGCAAUGGGAAAGAGGCUGGAGUGCUCGCACACUUUCCACUUUGUCUGUCUGAAAGAGUGGCUGCACAGACAGCAGGCAUGCCCGGUGUGCAGAAAGGAGGUGGCCUCCAAAAAAGAGGAGCAGCCUGCAUCCUCCAGCAGAGAAACACAGACAGCGCCCACCGAUAUUUCUUCUGUGGUAAGAGUUCUCUUCAACGGCCAAAAUGACGAGUACGAGGGAGUGCCUGUGACUAUAGCCAGCGAGCAGCCGUAG